AUGGGCAUCUUGGAGCCAGGCUGCCGAGACAUGCUGACAGGCACCGACCCGAUGCCAGCGAGCGACGAGGGCCGGGCGCCAGGCGCCGACUCGCACAACCGCUACUUCUACCCGGAGCCGGGAGCGCAGGACGCGGCCGACCGUCGCGUGGGCGCCAGCCCUGGGGCGCCCUACGCCGGGGGCGCCCUGGUGCCUGCCCCGCCGGGCCGCUUCCUCGGAGCCUACGCCUACCCGCCCCGACCCCAGGCCACCGGCUUCCCCGGGGCGGGCGAGCCCUUCCCGCCGACGCCGGGCGCCGAGGGCUACCAGCUGGGGGACGCCUACACCGCCCCGGACCCGCGCGCCACACUCUACCCGGGGCCGCGCGAGGACUGUGCGCUGCCGGCGGGGCUGGAGGUAUCCGGGAAGCUGAGAGUCGCGCUCAACAACCACCUGUUGUGGUCCAAGUUUAAUCAGCACCAGACGGAGAUGAUCAUCACCAAGCAGGGACGGCGGAUGUUCCCAUUCCUGUCCUUUACUGUGGCUGGGCUGGAGCCCACCAGCCAUUACCGGAUAUUUGUGGACGUGGUCUUGGCGGACCAGCAUCACUGGCGGUAUCAGAGCGGCAAGUGGGUGCAGUGUGGAAAGGCUGAGGGCAACAUGCCAGGGAACCGCCUGUACGUCCACCCAGAUUCUCCCAACACUGGAGCCCACUGGAUGCGCCAGGAAGUUUCAUUUGGGAAACUAAAGCUCACGAACAACAAAGGGGCCUCCAACAACGUGACCCAGAUGAUCGUGCUCCAGUCCCUCCAUAAGUACCAGCCCCGGCUACACAUUGUCGAGGUCAGUGAUGGAGAGCCAGAGGCGGCCUGCAACGCUUCCAACACGCACAUCUUUACUUUCCAAGAAACCCAGUUCAUUGCCGUGACCGCCUACCAGAACGCCGAGAUUACUCAGCUGAAAAUUGAUAAUAACCCUUUUGCCAAAGGAUUCCGGGAGAACUUUGAGUCCAUGUAUGCAUCUGUUGACACCAGCGUCCUCUCCCCGCCUGGACCCAACUGUCAAUUGCUUGGGGGAGACCACUACUCUCCUCUGCUCCCCAACCAGUAUCCCGUUCCCAGCUGUUUCUACCCCAACCUUCCCAGCCAGGCCAAGGAUGUGGUUCCCCAGCCUUACUGGCUGGGGGCCCCUCGGGACCACAGCUACGAGGCCGAGUUUCGAGCUGUCAGCAUGAAGCCUUCAUUCCUGCCCUCCGCCCCUGGGUCCACUAUGUCCUACUACCGAAGCCAGGAGGUCCUGGCGCCCGGAGCUGGCUGGCCUGUGACCCCCCAGUACCCUCCCAAGGUGGGCCCAACCAGCUGGUUCCGCUCCAUGCGAACUCUGCCCAUGGAACCUGGCCCAGGAGCCUCAGAGGGGCGGGGGCCAGAAGACCAGGGCUCGCCCUCCUUGUGGACUGAGAUCACCCCCAUCCGGCCAGAGUCCAGCGACUCAGGACUGGGUGAAGGAGACUCUAAGAGGAGGCGUGUGUCCCCCUACCCUUCCAGUGGCGACAGCUCCUCCCCUGCGGGGGCCCCUUCUCCUUUUGAUAAGGAAACCGAAGGCCAGUUUUAUAACUAUUUUCCCAAUUGAGCAGAAGACAUGGUGAAAGGAACAGAAAGAGUGUCAUUGGGUUGGUGACACCAACUAACGUAGACCAGAGACCCAGGACUGAGCCGUCCCCAGCUCCCUCUGUCCCAUCUCCUUCUGUAGCUGGUUGAGGAAGAGGGGGGCCAAGAAGGAUUCUGGGGUUCACUUGCUGCCUCCUGGCCCACAGUGAAACCUGCAAGGAGUGUUCUCUGCCCCUUCCUCUGUCCCAACUACAGUCAUUUACCUGGUGCUGCUUCUGGCUGUGGGUUCCCAGCUGGAGAACAGAAAACAGACAGUGGAAGGUCUGGGACACAAAGGAGCUUCCUCCCUUCUGCGGGGUGUAGGGGUGGGAGUGGGGGGGGGGCGGGGUCAGGAUCAGGUGGGACAGCCAGACUAGAGACUCAGAUCUCUUCCUCUGCAGAGUAACUUUCAACAUUUGUGUGUGUGUGUUAAUCCCUGAUGUGGAAAUAAAGACACAUGAAUUUUAUAACAGCCA